UCCUCCCGCCAUCUGCUCUCUGUCUCUGCCUCUGUCUCUACCAUCUCUCUCUCUCUCUCUCUCUCCCUGAAUCAUCGAAACCCUAGUACCGGAGCUCCGAAUCCAGAAACAAGGCCAGCAAUGGAGUCAGAUAUUCGAACCAGAAAGCGAAAGAGAAAUGGACCAGCCUCCAUCUCCUGCGGCCCAUUCGCGGGCAUCUUCACGCGAAGCCGGUCUCAGAUAUACGUUCACUGCCACCGAUCCGGCAGAGAACGUGCCGACGACCCCCAAAGCCGUCUCAAGCUCCACUCGUCUCAACAGCCGACCACAAAGCGCAGCCGAUCGUUGAGCCGGCACCAUGGUCAACAACAACACGACGUUUCUUCUGAUGCGGCGAAUAACUCUCUUGCCUCCAUCAAGGACCUUCGAGCUAGGAGGGUUUUCUCUCCGGCGUCAAUUACCGAAGAGGGUUGUGGUUUUAGCGGUGGUAUCGCGGACUUUGAUCUGGGAAAGCAGUCCAAAGUGAAGAGUUCCAAACUUGUAGAGUCUGACUUGGGGUUCCGUUGUCUAUCCGAGGAUUCGAGCAGUGAAAAUCGUAGUUUGCAACCGGAAAUCGGUCAUUGUUAUGCUGAUGGAGCAUCCGAGGGUGGUGGAGAACCGGUGCAGAAUGGACCUAAUUACAAAUUGAAAGAGGGAAUUAAUUGCAGAGAGGAAGGUGUUGAUCUUGCAAACCCUAAUUUGUCAGAGAAAAGGGGAGAAGGUGGAGUAUGCGAUGCGGAGCAGAGAGAUGACAAUGGCAGGGUUCUGAGUUUGACGGAAGAGUGCAUUCAUACGACACCAGUUGAUGCCGUUAUAUCCAAUGGGAAAUCGAUAGAUGAUAGUAGGCCAAGUGAGAACAAGAACUGGAGCAUUUCGAAUGGAACUGUUUGCCCUAAAGAUGAUUGUUGGUUGGGAAUCAGUGGCAGUGUUAUGCGGAGAAAGGGUUCCAUCCCCAGGAAUAAAAUGGUUCUAAAUUCAUGUAGUCGACGACAGAAGGUAUUCAAAACUCCAGGCUCAUUCAGCUUUAGAAGGUUGUUGCCUUUUCUGACGGAAAUUGCAAAAGAUGAUCCUUGUGUUUCAAUGAUAGAGAAACGUACUUUAGGAGUUUCUUGCAAGGAUCCAAGCUUAAAUGGGGCGGAGGAUAAAUACUCGUUGAUCAUGGGCAAAUGUAAAGAUGAAGAUGGAGGGAACAGUCAAUUGCUUAAUAUGGGUCAUGGAAGCAAUGAAGAUGGUCACCUUUCAAAUGGAGUUGGUGAAUUGACUGCAGAUAAUGUUCAAAUGACCCCGCCAGAUGUUGACAUCUUCAGUAAACCUGAGAUUAUUGAAAAAAGUGAAAACGAGGAAGACAUCGAUUUAAAGGCUAACGUUCAUACUUUUAGGAAGUCAAUGGAGAGUAGCAGCAGCAUUAAAAGUAAACCAAUUCUUAAUUCAUUUUCACGGAAGAAGGUCUUCAAGGCUCCAGGCUCAUUCAGCUACAGAAGAUUGCUUCCAUUUCUGAAUGAUAUAGGAAACGAUUCCGACAAUUCCAUUGGUGCCUCCAAAUGUACUCCAAAAGUUGAGAGUAACCCAAAGGAACACUUACCUGUUUUGGCUUCACACCUCCAAGAAGUCCCCAUUGAUGCACCUACAACAGACGGUUCCUCCAUGGAGUAUCACACUGGUGAUUCAGGGCUGAUCCCUCCUGCUGAAAAGUUGACUUCCAGCAAUGGUUCAUUUGAUAAUGAGGUCAUGCUCAAAUCUGCUGAAAACAUUAUUGAGCCUGAGAUGCCAUUUGAUUCUCAAAAGGAGUGCAUAACUGAAACUGAGCAGGUUACAUUACUCAACUCCAGAAACGGGGAGCCUGCCACCUCCGGGGACAUACCUUCCAAUCCUGAAAUGGAGUCUACAAUUAAGCCACUAUACGUCCCCUGCAAUUGUGAAACUUUGGAUGGAGAUGGUACAUUGGAUUUCUCUCAUUGUGUAUCCAUUGCUACUCAAGAGUUCCACACAGUAUUGCAGAGGGAACAUUCUAAAAAUCAACAGGCACUUGAAUCAGAAAACUUGCAUCAAAAUUCAUCUAAACUUGAAGGAUCUAUUUCUUCAGGGAUUCCUAGUGAUGGUCUUAUGAAGGGGAUUCUCAGGAGAAAUCCACGAGGAUGUAGAGGGCUUUGUAAUUGUCUGAACUGUGCUUCAUUUCGCCUCCACGCAGAUAGGGCAUUUGAGUUCUCGAGAAAUCAGAUGCAAGAUGCUGAGGAGAUAGCUUUGGAGUUGAUUCAGGAACUAUCUUAUCUUCGAAAUAUGUUGGAAAAAUCCACUGUUGAUGCCACUGGUCAUGCCAUUGUCCAUGUCAAUCAGGUGAAGGAAGCUUCCACAAGAGCUCUCAACGCUCAGGAAUUAGCAAAAGAUCGCCUUGGCCAAAUGAACUUAGAUCUUAGUAUUCAUUCCAGAAGCAUGCUCUUGCAGCGGCCAAGAGUGAAGUUCGCUAAUUAUGUUGAAGAAGUAGUUAUUUCCAAGGCAGACCUGCAAAUGGUGGAGAAGAAUGAAAAAGUAGACAGUAGAAAAUUUGCUGAAUGAUUGUAAUUGGUCUCUGUGAAAUGUUUUGUUUUGUUGUAAGGUGUCUGUUGAAGUAUCAGCAGAUAAUACCUUAUCUUGUUCAAGGAUAAGUUGGUCUUGCUUGCAGAGUGCAUUGUGGAAUUAAAAAUAUGCUUUCUUUGGGGUGAUGCUCAGGAUUGAGUAGGUUUACAGUUGUAUUAUAUGAAAUUACAAUCUUCAGGCUGUUAAGAGACGAUGAACUAAGACAUAAA